UAUAAAAAAUAGUAUUGCUAUAACAGUUUUCAUUAUCAGUUUUAUUCAAAUACAGCAAUAAUCAAUCCAAAAAUGUAUUUUUACAUUUUCUUUGUUGUUUAUCUAGCAAAUAAUUUUUCAAAUGGACUUAUUUUUGAGACCAAUCCUUUGGAUGAGAAUAAAGAAUUAAUUGAUUCAUCAUUGCCUGCUUUGGAGACUUUUUUUAAAAACAAUAAAGAAGAUAAAAAUGGUAUGAAAUUUGAAGAAUUUGCAAAAAUAGUGAAAGAAUUUGAUUGGUUAUAUGAAAUACCUCGUUAUUAUGUCAUGUUCUUAUUCUCAAAAUAUGUUGGAAACUUAAAAGAAUUAAUGAAUUUCGAACAAUUUAAGAAAAUAGCGACGUUUUGUAUCUGUAUUUAUGAAAUAAGAAUUGAAAAUACUUUUAAAUAUUAUUCGAACGAAACAGAUAAGAUGACUUUAGUGGGUUUAACCGAAGCUCUUGAUUGUUUAAAGUACGAACACCCUGAAGGAUUUCUUAUUAAAUGUAUGAAUUAUUUUGAAGGUGAAGGCGCACAAUUUAUCAGUAUGAAAGCAUUCAGACAUAUAUUCGGGUUUACAUUUCAGAAAAAGGUCAAGGCCUUACAAGAAAAUAAAAAAAAUUAAGUAUUAUUUAUUUAUUGUUAUGAUUUAUUUAUUAUCUGUAUACAUUGAAUUAUAUAAAUCACUGUUAAAACUGUAUUGAUAAUAAAUUGAAUUAGUUUGCGAGA